UAGCGUGGCAGGGUCAUGAAGAAGAGGCGGUGGCGGGAGAGCGGAGGCGGCGGAGGGGGCACGGAACUGCGGUAGCCAGCGCUGGGCUGUGGUUGUGGCCGCGUCGGGGGACGAGUGUCCCAGCCCUCGGGCAGCGGCCGGGGCUCUGGGCUGAGCGCGGCCGUGCAGCCGCCGCUCCCGGGCCCCUGGCUCCGCCAUGUUCCGCAGGGCACGCCUUAGCGUGAAGCCGAAUGUCAGGCCUGGUGUAGGCACCAGGGGCUCCGCCGCGCCCAAUCCCCAGCGCGGACCGGAGGCUCCCAGGCCUCCGGAGCCUGCCGCCGAGUCCGCUCCGAAGCCAGCGGACCCCACGGAUGUGUCUGCGGUGGACUCCGGGGCAGCGGAGCCCCAGAAAAAGGCUCCCGGGAGAAGUGAUGAAAAGACUGGUGAUGAAGAUACUGUUGAAGAGUCCAGCAAAUCGCCCUCUACUGUUUCACAGAGAAGAAAGCGAGUAUCAAGUACUCCAAGUCUGGCUAAGCCAACUGUCAGUGCUUCUUCACAGAGUCACCCCUUAUCUACAGUUAAUCACGAUGCUCCACAGCCAAGUCCUACUCCAGCGAAAGAGAAACAGCCAUGUUCAGACAGAUACCGCAUAUAUAAAGCCCGGAAACUGAGACAAAUGUUGAAGGAAGAAUUGAGAAAAGAGAAGAAACAAUGGAAAAACAAAUUCGUCACAAAUGAAAGCCAGAGGCCACCAGAUCGUUCAAAAAUGACCAUGAGAGACUUCAUAUAUUACCUGCCAGAUAACAAUCCAAUGACUUCUUCAGUGGAACAAGAAAAGAAAACUGAGAAAUCCUUGGCGCCCACCCCGGCGAGAGAUAGGCAAGAAAAUCAGAGCACUCAUGAUGCUGAUGAUAAUGAAGAAGUGGAAGAGGAGGCGGAUGAUGGGCCCCUGCUGGUUCCUCGAGUAAAAGUGGCAGAAGAUGGUUCUAUUAUUUUAGAUGAAGAAAGUUUAACUGUAGAAGUUUUGAGAACAAAAGGUCCCUGUGUUGUUGAGGAAAAUGAUCCUAUAUUUGAGCGUGGCUCGACAACUACUUACUCCAGCUUUAGGAAGAAUUACUACUCGAAACCAUGGUCAAACAAAGAAACAGAUAUGUUUUUUUUAGCCAUCAGCAUGGUAGGAACUGACUUUUCUAUGAUUGGACAACUUUUCCCUCAUAGAGCAAGGAUAGAAAUUAAGAAUAAAUUUAAACGUGAAGAAAAAGCAAAUGGAUGGAGAAUAGACAAAGCAUUCCAGGAAAAACGCCCUUUUGACUUCGAUUUUUUUGCUCAUUUGCUUCAGAAAGUUCUUGCUGAAGAAGAAAAAAGAAAACAAAAAUCUACUAAAUGUCAGAGUUUAAAGGAAAAGGCCUCCAAACCACGGAAAAACAUAAAAGCAAAAAAAGUAACUAGUGAAGAAGUGACUGAUGAUCCAGAUGAGUCUGUAAGUACUAACAUUUCAGACCCAGAAAGAUCUCAAAAGGAUGCCCCGACAGCCGACGAAGAGCAAUCACCGAGUUCAUCAGGACAGCAUUUGGGACAAGUUAUGUUAGAGCAAGAACAAAAUCAUGAGAAGAGGAGGAGCCAAGAUGAAGCUAAUAAUAAGCAGGAAACAACAAAUCUUUUAGGAAAUGUUCUUGUUCAUUCAAGCCCUCCUGAAUCAGAAAUACACAAGAAUACAUGUCCUUCUGAGGAAAAUGAAAGUGAAUGCAACGUGGAAUCGAUACCCUCUUUUUCACAGAACACAGAUGACGGUACAGGGUUAGCAUCCAGUGAAAAGGCAGAGACGAGAACAGAGCCCAUCUCUUCCCCAUGUAAACUACAAGACAUCAUGUCACUAGCAAGUGAAUCCUCAGAGUCGAGUGUUGCAGAUUUUCCUGUGUCGGGAGCUGGAAAGGCUGCCUCUUGUGAAGGAGAAAGUGCUGAAAGUACCUGUACAGAAGGGAGAAGUCCAGACCUGAAGAACAAGUCACCAGAGACUGAACAGGCAGAAAAUGUUAAACCAGAAUCAAGAAGUCGGCUCCAGAGACCUAAACCUAACCUGUCCAGAGCAGUUGGGAAGAAAUCAGUUGUUUCACAAGAUAAACAAGAUGAAAGAAGCAAGAAUUCAUCUUCAGAAACUUCAGCUGAAAAGAAUCACAUGGAAAAGGAGAGAGUGAAUGUAUCUGAAAAUUUUGGAGCAGAGAUUACAGAAAGAGAGAACCCUAAUGCUGAAGCUGUGUCUGACUUGAGUGAAAAAUCUUGUGUACAGGAAGAUAGUCAACCAAAGAACUUAAGACCUGCACGACUAAUGAGGAGCCGAAUACAAAGACCAAGGCCAAAUGUAGAGAGAUCUGCAGAAAGAAAAGAAAUUCUCACUCUGCAGGAAAAAACUGAGGCCCAUGUAGAGAAGAGUAAAGAUGAGUCCUGUGUUGACAGAGAAAAAAAUGAAUCUUGUGUUGCGAUUGCUCAACAAAUGGAAAAAGAGUCACAUAAUAACCUCCAAUGUGAAGAUACCCUGUCACAGCCUGAACAAAAGAAUACUUCAGAAGAUGUGCAGUCUGAUGAGUCCAGAGCUGUUAAUGAAUGUCCAAGUAUUCAAGAGGGUAAUAAAGUAAAUAAAGUGAAAAAACCCCCAGUUUUAAGGAUUAGAUUUCAGAAACCAAAACCAAAUACAGGAAGAAAAAGAGGGUCUUCCAAGGAAGGGAUUGCAGAGGAGAUUCCGGUUUCUGUAGAAGGAAUAUCAACUUUGGAAGAAAUUGCAAGACUAGACACAUCACCAAGGGAGAAGGCACCAAAUGUAGCUGUUGCUACUCUUAUUGCUACUCCUUCCACUAAGGAAUUGGAAUCAGAUUUAAAAGACAGUAGAAGAAAUGACUCAUCUUCUAAUAUGAAGAUGUCAGAAAUGACGGAUGUCACUAUGGAAAUGGAGAUAGGUUUGGAAACAAUUGGAAGAGAUACUUCCCCCAAGGAAAUGGGAGCAGAAAUGUUUGACACCCCUAUGGAAACAGAGACAGGUGUGAAAGCCUCUUUAAAUGAGAUUUCUCCUAUGGAGAAGAAGGUGCCAGAGCUAAUUGAUACCACUCGGGAAAUUUGCGUAAAUUUGAGAGAAACUGGAAGAAAAGAAAUAUUUUUACAGGAAAAUGACCCCAAGGAGGUCAGUCCAGUUAGUGAAAUGAAGACAGGUUUGGAAGAAACUGCUAAAGAGUUGCCCACAAAAGAGAGGAUAUCAGAUAUUGCUAAUAGCACUGAAGAAAAGGAGGAAUAUUCAGAAGAAACUGAAAGACAAACAUCCCCACUGAUCAAGGAUGCAGAGGAGGCCAAAGCCAUGGAUGAAAUGGAGACACACUUGAAAGAGAUGGGAGCAGAGACUUCACGAAGAGAAAAGGCAGGGGUUGCUGCAGCAGAGCAGUGGGAGAGUGAGGUGCACACAUGCGACCGUGUGAGCAGAGGGGAGGUAGAAGUGGGUGAGAGCCCUGUAGAAGAAAAGAACCUGGCCCUGCAGGACACUGGAGAACUCGACGUUUCCUUGAUUGUCGUGGCUUCAAGGGAAACGGCUGCCAUUGAGGAAGCUAACAAAGAUUUGAAAGAAACAGAAAAAGAGAUUUCUGUCUCUUGGGAGAGAGGAGCUAGAGAAAUCUGUAUUGGUGAAGAAAUGGUGGCAAACAUGGAAAAAACAGAAAAUAUAGAGGUUUCUCCAAGAGAACAUGAAGGAGAGAAACAUACCUCAAGGCAGCCUAAGACAGAUGUAAUUCAGAGCAGGAAUGACGGCAGCAGCACCGGGCCUUCCCUGGAUGGAAAAAAUAUUAGCAGUAAACUGUCAGUGAUGCCUCCAUUUGUGGAAGAACAAGAAAAUGCUGAGAAGGAAGUAUCAAGUCACUUAUGUCAUGUGGAGUCUUCCUCACAGAAUUCCACUCUCCAGGAAGCAGAUCAAGGGAUACAACUUCCAGAUGUUCAAGAGCAGUUUCCAGAUACGAACUUAAGCAAACCUCUUCCUCAAGAACAGAAGCCACUUGAAGUUAAACCAGCUACUUUUCUAAGAAGUCGAUUCAAAAAACCAAAACCAAACUUGUCAAGAGCAGCUUUAAAGAGAGCAACCACAGAAGCGGAACACUGUGUACUUGGGAAGAAAUCAGAAGCAGAUAAAAUGGAGACCUCAUUGGAACAGCAGGACAGCGAACAAGCUGAUUCUCUCUCUUCUCAGCAUAAUGUGCCUUCCCUAAUGGCAUCAAGAGAAAAGGAUAAGCCGGGUCAUGAGGCGGAGGAGGCUGUGACACCACUGUGGGUACAGACUGAGAAGGAUCCUUCGCCAACCAAUUCAUGCGAACCUAAAGAGGAUUCUCAGUUAGCACAAAACCAGGAGGAUGUCCUUAUUGGGACUCAGAAGAUGAAUGUGCUCACACAGGAAACAAAACAAAGUGUUGCCCAAACAACUCUACCAGUGAGGGGUCGACUUCAGAGACCAAGACCAAAUGUGCAAAAGGCCAGACAGAGGCAAAUAUUAGAAAAAGAUGAAGCUGGAGGCGUAACUAAAAAUGAAGCAACAGAACUGCAAAAAGAUGAGUCUAAAACAUCCCUGAUGAUGGCAAACUCUCACAUUGAAAGUGAAGUUGAAAUGUCCUCCAGAAUUUCAGAGUCCAGAGUGAAUAAAAGUCAAGGUCAUGUGGUUUCUGUAGAAAACUCAAGUAUUAAUAAAACCAGUGUUUCAGAUGAGCAGAUAAGGCAUGAAAAUAAACCGUAUCUUCCUAAUCCAGCACCACCAAUAAGAAGGCGAUUCCAAAAGGCUAAACCAAAUUUAGAAGGAACACACCGUAAAAAAGAGCAACUAGGUGUAGAAAAAGGAAUGACAGAUCAGAGCAUAGCAACAAAACCAGAAGAUACUAUGCCUCAGGAAGGAGGUUUUGGCAUCCAGCUUUCUCUAAAAGAAAAGACAGAGAUUCUGAUGCCCAUGGAGGCUUCAGUGAGAGAAGAUUGUGUAGGUCCUGAAGAGUUGGGUUCUGCCAGAAAGGAUGCUCAGCAGAAAGCUGGGCCUUUGGGAGGUGCUGGGGAUGAGAGUGUGGAGGACCAUCCUGCAUCGUCUUUGGGCCUUGAAGAACAGGGUCCCAGGAAACAAACUAGCAGUCCACAACUAUUGAAAGAAUCAAAUUAUUCCAAAACUUCUCCACACCGAAGAACAACUGUCUCUUCUGCCUCUGAGUGUGAGACAGAUCAUAUUGGGAAAAGAACACAUAGGAAGAUGAAACCAAAUGUGACCAGAGGGCGUGGAUCAAAACGAAUUCGAGGUAAGACUGCUAAGAAGGAACCUAGAGCUUCCAAGUCCAUGUUGGUGACUCUUCGGGCUUCUCAGAAAGAGGAUGAAGAUGAUGCUGAGGACUUUGAUUCUGACUAUGAGGAAGAAACCUGUCAUCUUGCCCCAGAAGAAUUAAACAAAGCACCAGUGUUUGUACCUGUUGGUCUCAGAUCCCCUGAACCAGUUUCUGCUCAGAUCGAGGAAACAAUGGAAGAGCUUGAGAUAACCAUGGAUGUUGCAGACGUAGGAUGUGUAACUGUUGAACAUCAGCUUUCAAACAUGGAUGCAGCAACUCAGGAUGUGCACCCAGAAAAAGACUUGCAUCCAUCAUCAUUUGAAAUGGUCAUAGGUGAACAGACCCAAGAAGAGCCAGGUCCCAGUGAUGGAAGUACUGAAGCCGCCAUAACUUUACUUACAAUGGGAGAUAUAGUAUUACAGUCAGAGGUUGUUACUGAGCAGGGUGACGUAGGAGUAUGUGUAUUUCCUGAUGUUCAUUCAAAGGAUAAAAGUCAUGUUCCUUUUAGCCCAGAUAAUGUAAAUCACAAAAUUGUUCAUGAAUAUCAGGAGGUUUCUUCACCUGUUAUUAGUAUGUCGCCUACAUCAUUUGAGGAAAACAAGAAAGUAUCGGAGGAACAAAGUAACAGAGAAGAAGCUGCUAUGAUGGAAGAAGUGGAGGCUACUCUGUCAGCCAGGAAUACAACUUCUACAAUGAGCACAUAUUUGAGAAUGGAGAAUAAGUUUGUCACACCUGUUACACCUAAACCAAAUUCUGAGGCGAUUUUAGACAUCAGUGAGCUUGGUGGUCAUCAGGAAGAAAUUGCCAGUUUUUGCAUAGCCAAAGGGGCAGAAGUGGAAAUUCAAAGAGAAACUGAAGAAAAUGAUUCCAAAGUGGUGGAAUUAGAAGAUGAAAGCUUGGAGCCAGUUUCAGCAGCAGAGGCUAAGGAGCAGAACCAGUCACUGUGUGUGCAUGAUGUUGAAGGGAACAGUGGUUCUCAAGAAGCAAUCCUUAGUGCGAGAAAUGGAGGUCACGAGGAAGACUUGCAAGAGGUUCAGCUAUCGGAUGCUGCUGUUGCUUCCUCUGAGACAGGCUUCCCCACACUUGAUUCAGACAAGAGUCUUGGUGAGAGUCCUGCUGAAGAGCCCCUCAAAGAAGACUCCAAAGGCAGCAGCAUGCUCAUGCUUCCUGGGCCAGAGAGUGUACCAUCUCCUAUUCCAGAAGUCCAACAAGAAAAUAUGACCAAUCCUCCAAACGUAGCAGUGAAUCUAUUUGCUGAUCUACAGCAAGAUGGAGAAGAUGAACAAGAGUUCAUUUUAACUUUGGUGGAAAUCCCAACAAAUGCCUCAGAAGGAUUUAUUGAUGGCUCCAUGCAGCUAAUGCCAAGUUCUAUGCUGCCAGCACCUAUACUGGUCAGAUCUGGGAAUGCAGUAGAAAGAAGUGACCUGAGUGGGAGUUCACAAGCAGCUUCAGUUGUUGAAGAGGCCACAUGCAUCUCUCCUUCUGGAAAUGGUGCUCCUCAAAAGCUUCCUGCUAACUUAGAUCUCAAAUCUAGGAAGAGAUUUCGUUGCAGUCCUGAUGAAAGCAUUCACUUUCCUCCUGCCAAAAAGUCCUCAAUUACUCCGGUAGUUGAUCGUCAAGAAUGUGCUUCUGAGGUAUGUUCAAAGGAAUUAAAUGUCUUUGAGAAAACAGAAGAGGAGUCUUGCAUAGGACAAGGCAUUUUCCCUACCUCAGAGAACACACAUACAACCUCAAAACCUCAGAAGGAACACAAAGAAUCAACUUUGCAGAAUACAGGAUCAUCUGGAUCUCUUGAGGAAAUAAAAGAUGCAUGUAUAGAAAAGACCAUGACUCAGUUGCCUCAGGAUGAGAUGGUGUCUGAUAAAGAAGAGAAAACUGAUCCUGCUUCCAGUUCUGAAAAAAGAGAUAGCAUGACAUCAUCUUCAAAACCCCCGCUGACCAGACCUGGAAGAAGACCUUUGGGGUUUUUAUCUUUAAUAUGUCCAAAAAAUAGUUUGGAAUCUGAUGAAGUGACUCAAACCCAUAGCAAGAAGCGCCUAAAGCCUCAAAUACCCGUAUCAAGACGAAAUUUGAAAAAAUCUAAUAUACUUAAUGCAAGCCAGAAAAAAAUUCCAGAAUCUUCUGAUCCACUCCCAUCUCCAAGUGUUACUGAUACUCAGCCCGAUAAUACUGGAAACUCACCAGCUCAGGUUUCUUGUGAUCAACCAUUGCAAACAGAAAACGGUGAAGAUGGGCCAAAACGAGCACCCGAAGAGGAGGCGACCACAGUCUCAGAGCUUGUUUUCAGUGACAUCUUCAUUGAGGUGGAUGAAGCAGAAUGAAGCACUCUUCGGGGUUUCCUUCCUUCCUUCCUUCCUUCCUUCCUUCCUUCCUUCCUUCCUUCCUUCCUUCCUUCCUUCCUUCCUUUUCUUUCUAGUUUUGAAAUAAGUUUGAAAUGUCCGGAGUCCCUGAUGUUAACAAAGCAGUGUUUAGAAAAGUACCACUGCCCGUUUUUAUUUAAGUCAAUUUUGAAUAUAUAUUGAGCUUAAUUUGAAGCUUUUAUAAUCAGCGGCAAACAUUUCAUUCUGAUUUACUCUGCAUUUUGGAAAUCCGAGCAAUUACGACUGUUCUCUGUGCUGACAGACGUUACAGCAUGUUUACACUUGACCAGCCCCGUGCUGGACACACCUGGACUGGGGGACUAGUGAACACACAUUUGCAUAAAUCAUAGUGCUAACAUAUUCAAGCUUGAUUGUAUUUAAGGUUUAGUGACCUUCUUUUGUAAAGGUGGCUUUGUUUUGUUUUUAGGGUGUUUUUUUUUUUUCUUUUUUGAGGGUGAUAAAGGUCUGUUCAGUUGCCUGUAAUAUGAAAGCAAAUUGUGAAACUCCACUUUGGUAUGGUAAAGUUAAAACUUUUCUAUUAUCAACUAUUUGACUGGAAAAAAAAUGUGUAUUUUUCUAAUUCUUGGUGAUGUAACAUUAGUCCUAAUUGAAGAUCUAGUAUUUAAACUUGCUAUUUAUAGAGCUGGCACAUCAAAGAGAUUAUUUAUUUUUAAUUUUUUUUUAUUUAAAAGGAUAUUCCAAUUUACUUGUUUCACGUAUCAGAUUUGGGUAAAGAAAGCAUUAACAAAUAAUUUGUCUACUUUUACUCUUUGCUUUUAAAGCCAUUUUAAAAUGUCAUAACUAAAAGUGUUAAGGUAGUGUCUGUAUUUUUAAUACUUUUCUCAUACUUUAGUAUAUUGAAUUUGUACUGUGAAUUUUGCUUUUCUUAUUUCUUCUAUUAUCUCAGGAUUUUCAUUGGAAGAAAAAAUUUAACAUAAGAGACAAAAUGUCCUGUGAAACACACACACAUGUUGAGUCCUUUAAAAAGACAAAAGAAAAGUUUAGUGAAAGAUAUUUUUCCUCCUAAAUUCUGUUCACAGGAUGUGGGGGGGGGGGCUUUCACCAUAGAACAUGAUUCUGAUGUUAAAGCAGAAAGUAAGACAGGAAGACUUAGCAAGGCCAGUGUUGUCAUUUAUGAACUUAGGUGUUCUUGAUUUUGAGGCUUAUGAUUUAUGUAAGAGUCUUAUUUCUCUGAACAGUUUUUUGCUGGUUUAAAUUAAACUCUUCAAAGAACAAAUUUAUUCAAUUUUAUUACCAAACCUCAUAGACUGAUACAUUAGCUCAGUAGUUAGAAGUUUUUCAACAAAAUAUGUUUUGACCUGUAAACCGAGUCGUCCUUACAGCUGCUCCGCGGAUGCUGCGUGGAGGAGGGAGGCUGGCUGGCUUUACCGGGACCCCGCGUAUUAGGCCAUUGUUUUCUUUCCCUGUUCCAGCCUGACCUGACGUCAGUGUGGGUGAGGGCGUUCUUCAGCCUGUGGCCCUGCAGCCUGGGAUUGCAGGAGUAUGCCGCCAUGCCUGUUUCUGGGCUGUACUGGGGUAGAAGCCACAGUUUCCCACAUGCUAGGCAAGCACCCGACCAAGUGAGCUUUCCUAGCCCUGGGCUUUGGGGGGUGAUGUAGGAGCCUUUGAGACAGGGUUUCUCUGUGUACCCUGGCUGUCCUGGACCCGCUUUGUAGACCAGGCUGGACUCACAGAGACCUGUCUGCCUCUGCCUCCCCAGUGCUGGGAUCACAGGCGUGCACCACCGCCCCAUCUUACAGUGUUUCUUAUCUGAAGGUGCUGAUGUCUGUAUGUGGGAGUUAUUUGUAAAAUGUGCCUAAGAUUUAAAAACUGUAUUGAGUGUAGUAUGAAAUGAUCAGUACUUCAAUUGGAAAAAUAUUUUUACAUCUAGGUAAUUUUUGUCUUUUUAUAUUGAUAAAAUGGUGACCACUUUUUAUGUUUCUAAGCAAAAGAGGAUAGAACUCAGUAGGUCUAGAGUGAGGCUAAUUCAUUGAAUUUACUGUGCCCUUGCUUUUCAUUCUGUGGCUUAGAGUAAAAUUUAUGGCUUAAUGUCUUUGUUAUAAAGGAAGGUCUGUAAAUUAGGUGGAAAUUCUCAAAAAUAUGAAUUUAUUUUGAGUGAUUAAUGUCAUGAAAUCAUGGGGGCAAUUUACAUUGCUAUUUCAAUGCCAUUUUGUAAAUUUUUUAAAAUUCGUGUUAUGUAAAUGUUUUUUUCUUAUUGUCACUUGGGUUAGAUCACUACCCCAAUAGACUACACUAUUAUUUAUCCCUGUAUAUUUAUUUUUUUAACCUGUCUCUUGUUCAUCUGUCAUAGAUUUUAUGCAAGAUGUAAUUUAUUGUAUAAAGACUACCAAGGCAUUUGUUGUAUAAAGAAUCAAGUUAGUCAAAACAUUGUCCUGCUGUCACAGUCUCAGAACUGGUGUUGGAAAGAGAAACACAAUCAGUGUGCUUAGCUUUAACACGGGAAGAAUUGUGAUGGUGAAAGAUGUUGCAAGCAGUGUUUGUAAGUCUUCAAGGAGGUGCGGUUAAAGGUCCUCGCAUCCUGGCAGGGCCCAGUCGUGGUUGAAGUCUAAUUGUUAAUGGAUGACUAAGGCAAGGCAAAGAUAAAAAUAUUAAUAUCCACUGUUCACCACCAUAUUAUUCUAAAUGCAAGUGACCAUGUAAUACCACCUUGCUUGAAGUUUUUGACAAAAGAAGCAAUAUCUUGUCAUUUGUAAAUUUUCUUGUUCUAAAGAAAGCAGUUCUGUAGAUAACAAUUAUGUAAAUAAAAGUUAUUUUAUACCA